AUGGCAGCACGUCCCACAAAUGCUGAACGAUUGGACGACUUAUCCGAAAAAGUUGAUUUAAUCCUUAACCAACUCGCUACCCUUACUACACAGCCCCCAACACCUCCACAACCACCCACACCACCACCACAUCCUCGUCCUCACAUAAAACUUGAAGUUCCUCGUUUCAAUGGCUCUGACGCCAUGGGAUGGAUUUUCAAAAUCAACCAAUUCUUUGACUAUCACAGAACACCCGAUGAAGAAAGACUCACCGUCGCGUCAUUCUACAUGGAAGGUUCAGCAUUAAGCUGGUACCAAUACAUGUUUCGGAACGGACUCAUUACCACCUGGUUCGAACUCCUACACGCCAUUGAAGUUCGUUUCGCCCCGAGCUACUAUGACGACCCCAGUCAAUCCCUAUUCAAACUCACCCAACGCGGAACACUUAAUCAAUACCUCAACGAUUUCGAGCGACUCGCUAACCGAAUCGUUGGCCUCCCACCUCCAUUCAUCCUCAGUUGCUUUAUCUCUGGCCUCUCUCCGGAGAUCCGCCGUGAGGUUCAAGCCCUUCAACCUAAUAAUCUUUCCCAAGCCACCGCAUUAGCUAAAAUCCAGGAAGACAAGAUAGAUGAACGCCGCCGCGGUUUUAAACACAAAACUUCAUACCCACAAAACAACUCCUCCACAACUACACUUUCCACCACCUCUAACCCUGUUCCCACACAACCACGCCUCCAAUUCAAAAAACUAUCACCAGAAGAAAUGACGAACCGGCGAGAAAAGGGACUUUGUUACAAUUGCGAGGAAACAUUUAUUCCAGGCCACAAAUGUAAAGGCCGUUUCUUCUUACUUGUCUCUGACGACCCCGACCCAGAUUCCUCCCCAGAAACAACCGAGCCACCCAUUACCAUAACCAAUGACCCAGACAACUCACUAACAACCGUUGACAAUCUCGAUGGCCAAAUCAGCUUCCACUCCCUUUCUGGUUCCGCCGCCACCGCCACCAUCCGUAUACUAGGACAAAUUGCUAAUCAUGCUGUCACCGUACUCAUCGAUGGAGGUAGUACCCACAACUUUAUACAGAGUAGAGUAGCCAAAUUUCUUAAUUUACCAUCAUCCCCUGUGAACACACUGAAAGUCAUGGUGGGUAACGGUCAACUCUUGGAAUGCCAACAGCUGUGCAACGACGUGUCACUAUUGCUUCAAUCCCACCCCUUCAUUGUUGAUUUCUACGUUCUACCUCUCAGUGGAGCAGACAUUAUCCUUGGGGCCCCAUGGCUCAAAUCUCUGGGCCCAGUUAUUAUGGACUACACCUCCCUUACCCUCUCAUUUACUUACAACAACACCAACAUUCUCUUGAAAGCUGAUGCCAAUCCAGGCCCACUAUCCAUCUCAGCCCACCAACUCAAACGAUGUGUUCAAACUAAUUCAGCCUCUGAAUUUUUCCACCUCCAAAUCCUACAACCCGACCCACAGCCUAAUACCCACCAUAUUACACCCAUCAACGAACUACUCAUGAAACACUCACCCAUCUUCAACCCUAAUCCUACCUUACCACCUUCACGAAACACAGACCACCGUAUUACCUUACACCCUUCUUCUUCACCCGUCUCCGUUAAACCUUACCGCUACCCUUUCUCACAAAAAAAUGAAAUUGAACAACAGGUCAAAGAUAUGCUCCAUCACCAACUCAUACAACCCAGUCGGAGCCCCUUCUCCUCCCCUGUUCUACUUGUUAAGAAAAAAGACGGAACAUGGCGUUUCUGUGUGGACUACAGGGCCCUUAACGCCAUCACUAUCCGUGACCGUUUUCCGAUGCCAACCAUAGAUGAAUAG